CACAUUUUCAAGACAUAAUCUGAUAAAAACAACUCGUGUUACGAGACAUAAAUUAAUGCUCUGGAAACCUAAUAUACGACUUAGCUCAUCUUGAGUUCGAAGAGUGAAGUGCGCGGAACUAAGCACGGUGAGGUACAGAUUGCACCUGCUCGUUUCUCUCAUUUAUCUCAAUGAGUCAACUCGACCGAGGAUCAAUUUAUAAAAAGCUGCCGCGUCAUUUCCUAUCACAAAGCAAGACUGUGCCUAAGACGGGACACGUCUCGGUGGAAAUGUACAUUCCCAAGUGCAGCGCAAAAUGAGAGCUGCGCUUCCCACAGUCUGUCUCCUGGCAGGUCUAGGCUGUGUGACGUCAGCAGAGAGGAGAGUGAGUGGAUCUGAAGGAGGAAGUGUAGAGAUUCGGUGCGACUAUCCAGAUGGGUAUCAGUACAAGGAGAAGUACUGGUGUCGGCAUCCCUGUGGGAAUAAGGAUGUUCUCAUUAAAACUGGCAAGACGGACACUGUGGUCUCUGUGGGGAGAUUCUCUCUGUUUGUCAACAUUUCAGUCAGGACCUUCACUGUGACCAUGAGCAGACUGACCCUGCAGGACACUGGGGUGUAUUACUGUGGACUGGAGCAAUGGGGACCUGAUAAAUACACAGAAAUGCUUCUGAGGGUCACAGAACAUACACAAGGUAAAAACCAAUCAAUGACAGUGUCCAUCUUGUCCACCUCCAUGCCUGUGACUGUACUGAUGGACAUUACUAAGACAGCAGCCAUGGACAGUUCCACCCAGUCAGCUGGAGGACAGGUUAUGUUUGGAGUAAGCCUUGCAGUGGUUUUGUGUGUCUUUGUGCUGGCAGCUGUCAUUCUUUGGAUCAAAAGGCCAGGUAAGAAUUUGACUUCUCUGGCUGGGAACACAGGCACAGCACAGGUAAGCUAUGUCAACUGUGGAAAAAUUGUUUUGUGGUCAAUAAAAUAUCUGUGUUUCAGACUACAAAGACAUUCGAAAGGAGUUCUGGAACAGGUCAAAGGUCCAAGUUCAAAGUUCUGUUUGGGGAAGCACCAAUUUCACUUUUGUUAUCCAUGCUGGAGCCAGUAGUAGUGGUUUCCAGAAACAGAAUAUCGACGUCCACAUCUUGCAAUGAAGGCAUCUCAUUUUAUGUCCUGACACUUCUGGAGAGUCCAAAGCCCUCAGACUCAAGCUAGCCAGCUUGCAGUCAGCGCAGGACAUACUGGGCAUGUCUCAGGCUGCUCUCUACCUGACCCAGGUGUGUUUUUAGUGAUCCUCGAGCCCCGGAUGAAGUUCCCCGAGAAGCCAAUAUGAUAACAAGCCCCCCAGUGAACAUUACAACAGUGGACUCUAUUGGAAUCUUGGACUUUCUAGGACCUUCGCUCUUCAUUGUGGUGACUUUUUAGCAUCGGAAAUGUGGAUCGGUUAUCCGCAUAUUUAGACACUGUUUUGGUGCUUCCAUGCAAUCCCAGCAAUGUGAUGAGCUGAUCAAUCAGUAGGUUAUCAAUACUUCUCUGUGCCUGGGUUGCCCAGUGAUGAAGAUGUCAGCUCUAGCUGUGACCUGCACCACAGCCCUGUUGGCGAGAAGUGCUGCCCACAAACUAACUGGCAGUGGCGUCAGUCUGACAGAGACCUUAAAAAAACUCUCCACAGCGCAGGUGCAAACUGAAAUCUAGAACAUGAGUACUGUGGCAGGUUGUGCUGUUGACCAAUAUUAAUAUUACUUUUUUCCCUACAGAGAGUACACAGUUUCAUGGAUCCACCCAGCUCCUUGUUUGCAGUUUACGCCAAUAUAAACUGACCAGUGUACUGGGGUCCUUCCACACAGCAGCUAUUGUACUGUAGUUCAUAAAGGCUGUAGCGGAAAAACUAUUAUUCCUCUUAGAGUUUAGUGUUUAGUGAAAAACUUUUUCAGGAAUCUCUUACUGCUGCCUUGAAUAGACAAUCACCCUGGUACAGGUUAUUUCUGCUGUACUCGCCUGAGGAAUGUGAUUGAGAUGGGCCGCUCCAAUAAGCAGCAAGUCCUCCCCACUAAUAGCUGAUGCGUGGUGAGCGUUCUGGCGCACUAUGGCUGCCGUCGCAUCAUCCCGGUGGGG